AUGGAUUUUAAUCCCGCCUUCAGCAAGAUACACACUAUCUUGAAAGCUGCAUCGUCAAAAUGCAGGGUAUUAGAUGAGAAGUUCCCAAGUAAAUUCUUUGAACGCGACCCCAAUAAGGUUUUCGACUCGUAUCGCAAGUUUCUGCGUACGAGAGUAGACUCCGAAGGUAAUUUGAAGAAUGAGGAUAAAGUUCCUGUUACCACAGUCGCACAGCGACUAGAAAACGGUGAAUACGAAAUAGGCAAGCAAAACGGGUUUUAUCGCUUAUAUCACGAUAUCCGGCUCGUGUGUACUAUUUUGGUGCAUUUCUACUCGCAGGGGACGCGGAAUUACCUGAUCGUUGACAAAUUUUACAAAUUCGCUACCGAACUUCUACUAAGAGAGUGCUACAGACUUGGCGUCAGCUUUUUGAAUGAACAGAGCGACAGCUCAGGAACUAAAACAUCUUUUCAACACAUGGUGUCCAACGAUUUCAUAAAGAUAUCUGUUGGGUACUCCAUGCCUUAUGCUGAAAACUACCACAUAAACACGGCAGAUAUGGAUCUGUUUUCUUCGAUUAUUUCGAAGUCUCAAUUGGAUUAUAGAGUAACGGAUUUGCCCAAUAGCAGCUUUACAGUAAACAGGCUAAUACCUCAAGAUCCCGAAGAAGAAGCGCCAAUGUUAGGCUUCCUCGCUGCAAAUACCAGCAGCAUUCCUGAUCCGACCUUACCCCCAACCGAAAUGAUGACAAAGUUUCUGCAUCCCAAUUGGUAUGCCCUUCCUACCACCGUUUGGCUUGAGUAUGGUGACUUUCAAUCCUGGGCUCCUUGUUUCAACGAGAGCGGUACCGUUCUCGAUGCUAGCCGCAGAGGAACGAUAUGGCUUGAAAAAGUUGGGUAUAUGAAACUGCUUGAUUCUAAGAAAUCAAAAGAGAGCCAGGAACAGAAAAUUAACGAAGAAUCCAAAAUCUCUGGUGGUGAAAAAAGUGAAGAUGAGUCCAAAGACGCAGAUGCGAACACUAAAACAGAAGGCGAGGCGUCCACUAUUCCCUUUGAGAGCAAAGAAGAAGCGGAUUCGCUGAGAGAACCUGUUGCACAGGAUGAGCCAACACAGGAUGGCCCCGAGUCAAUUCCCAAUGAGAUCAAACUUGAGAAUUUGUUUGAGUGGUCUCCGGGAAGAAGUGUAGGCGAAAAUGAAAUAGAUGCUUUUCGGUCCGGCACUCAGCAGCAAGCUAUUAACGAAACACUACUUGAGCUUAAUGAGCUGAAGAAGGCGCGUUUAAAAUGGCAAAGAAUUAAGAAACCCUCUUCUCGUGAGUGUAUGCUUUACCAUAAGGUUCAAAGACUAAUGAGAGAAGCUAUUCUGGCCGGAAAUAUCAAAAAAAUACCACAACUUCACUGCAAGUCUUUCCCAGUGCUACAGACAAACUAUACAGGAAACAUACCCGUUAUCAGAAGUGUCCAAACGAGGAAAAAGAAGUACAGGCGAUAA